GCUGUAAAUUCUAAUUUUGCAAAGUGCUUCAGAAACCAGAGAAAUAAAAGGGACAAUGUCAUCAAGAGGUAGAGGCUACGGGGGCCGGGGUAGUUACAAUGGAGGUAGGGGAGGCUACCGAGGCUCUUAUCGUGGUAGCAGCAACCGCGGAGGCUAUGAAGGCGGCCGUGGUGGAAGAGGUGGAGGUUAUUCAUCAUAUAAUAAUGAGUCUCGCUACGUCAGUAGCGCGAGCAGGUAUAAUUCCAGCCGUGAUAGAAUGGACGACUCUUACAAGAAACCAUAUAGACCGGAAUCUUCAUCUAACUAUUCUAACCGAGAUUAUAGCGGUAGAUCAGGCUCUCCAGAAAGAAAAAGGAUGAGAAUGGAGGGAUCGAGCGAUAGACGUAGCCACGAUGGUGGACAUUACGGUGGCUCAUACGGCGGGAGGCAAGAGAGCUACGGCGGCGAGCGGAGAUCCUUCGCCAGCGAGGACAGAAGGCGCUCGCCAGCUCGAGAGAGCUACCGCAAGCCGAGCGGCAUGGGACCCCCGCGCGAGCCCCCGCGCUCCACGGUCCGGCCGCGCGCGCCCCGUCGCUCCUUCCGCGGCCGGACUAUGCGCUCCCGCGCCACCUUCCGCGGAGCCUCCCGUUCGCGAGGCGCUUUUACCGCCCGCCGAUACGGCGAAAGAUCACUCGGAUACCCGCGCGGGGCGUUCAGGCCUGUUAAAGGUCGAAGCUCUAUCAAGUCCAAAGAUGAGGAAGCGUCUUCAACUGAUGAGGACUGGGAUGCCGAAGAAAAGGAAGAAGUCAUUGAAGAAAAUAAGGAAUCAAAGGCUAAGUCGCCCAAACCGGAACUGGAAGCUUCCGAGGGCGAGGGUAUAGAGGGCGGUGAGGACACCGACAAGGAGGCGGACGCGGCCUCGGACGCCAUCCCCGCCAGGCCGUACGUACACCUCACGUGCGUACACUGCAAAGCCAAGUGUUCAUCCUUUGCUAGCUAUGCAAAGCACCUGGUGUCGUCGGCGCACCGCGCGGCUAUGUCUGGAGUGGCGCGUCGGCACAAGGCGCAGCUGUUGCGCAUGCGCAUGGCCCAGCGCGGGGCGCAGCGCGAGCUGGAGUCAGCGGCGGGCGCGGAGCUGACGGCGCGCACCACGUUCUGUCUCGUGUGCCGCCUCAACCACCGCACGUCCCGCCACUCGCACAACCUCACCGACACGCACCGCGCCAUGAAGCGCUUUCUCAUGCCCUUUUGCCGCAUUUGCCGUCUGACGUUCCGCUCCCCGAUGAACUACGAGCACCACAUUUGCUCCAUCGACCACCUCAAGAAAAAGGCCUCCCAAUCGGCGCGUCGGGCCAGCCCGAAGGCGGAAGGAAGCGGGGACGAGGGAAUGGAUGUGGAUCUUGAUAACUUCAUGACGUUGGACUCUGUGGGUGACGUAGAUGAAGUAGAAGAAGAUGAGUCUGGCGGGGAGAAACCUGAUGAGACUCCACAAAAGAAACCAAAAGUGGAAAUCAAUAUUGGAAGUGAAAAUAUAAAGAAAAUAGAGGUGUACUGGUGCGAGCUGUGCCGCGUGUAUCUGUCGCGUGGGCCGAUGGGCGGGGACGCAGCGGAGGUGCUGCGCCGCCACUGCCGGCUGCGCGCGCAUCUCGGCCGCUACGUGCGACACCGCGACACGCGCACGCUGCGCAAACAGGCCGAGCGCAUACACCGACAGCUGCACCAGCAGAAAGAAGAAGAAGAAAAAGAGAAUGCUGAGGAGGAAAAGGCGGAAAAUAAAGUAAAAGUUGAAAAGAUUGAGACAAACACCGACAAAAAGAGUCUCGAAAAUGGUACUGAAUCUACCAAUAUUGCCGGUAAUGAAGAUAAGUUGUGGGAUGAUGUUGAUAAAGAUAUUGGGGAUUUGCUACGUGAGGUAGGCCCUCCUGGUGACGAAGCAAGUGAUGAUGAAGAAGAUUUAGACAGAUACGAAAAGUAUCGUAAGAACGACAAGAAGUCGAAGGUAGAAGACACAGACGAUGCAGAGACUAAAGCAGAUGAUAAAGCCAAUGAGAAGGCAAAUGUGGAAAUAAAUGCUUCAGCAUAAAAAUACUGUUUGUAUAAUUAUUAUAGUGGUUAACAUUAAUGUACUUAGCUAUAGUUUGGUCAAAUCUGUUACAUGAAUAAUCUUAUUGUUUGAAAAUGUUAUGACUUAUGACAUGUUAACAGUAAUAUUAUGAUAAUUUGUUUUGAGCAGUAAGCUUAGUUUAAUGUAGUAAAAACAAUAUUGGAUUAUAAUAUAUACAUAGCUGAUGUAUUGUAAAAUGUAAAGGUUAGGCGGCACUGUUUGUAAUGGUAGAAUUUUGCUCAAGUCUUACAAACACCUGAGCAAAAUUUUACUUGCUACUGAUUCUUUAUUUAGCAGAUUCGACCCUUUUACUAUAUAUGUAGCAGGCCACUGGUUAAAAUAGCCGUUCAAUCAAACAGCUAGCCCUUUGACUGAAC